ACCUUCCCUUUUGUUUUCUCUCCUUAUAUUAAUCUCUUCCAUUUCUCAUUUUCAAAACUUUUUCCAAAUCUAAAAUAUGGCAUCUUCAUCUAGUAAUUUAGAUACCAAUAAUAAUAAUAAUAUUAAUAAUCUCAAUGGUUUGAACUCGUUCAACCAUUUUUCCUUCUCAUCAACCUCUCACCCUUUCAUCAUGACCAGUUCUUUCUCUGACCUUUUAGCUUCUCCUCUUGAUGACAAUGAAAACACUAACAACAACAACAACUCAAGAAGUGAUUAUGGUGCUCCUAAGUUCAAGUCUACACCUCCUCCUUCUUUGCCUCUGUCACCACCUCUGAUUUCUCCUUCUUCGUGUUUUUCUAUCCCUCCUGGUUUGAGCCCGGCUGAACUACUUGAUUCGCCUGUUUUGUUGAACUCUAACAAUGUUUUGCCAUCUCCUACAACUGGUGCUUAUGCUGCUCAUAGCUACAAUUGGAAGAACAAUUCUGAGGGGAAUCAACAAGUUGCAAAUUUCUCUUUCCAAACCCAACAAGUUCCUGCUGUUACUGCAUCCAACACAUCUUUUCAAUCAUCAAACGUUGGAAUUCAACAACAACAACAGCAACAGCCAUGGAGUUAUCAAGAAAGCACAAAGCAAGAAGGUUAUUCAUCUGGAACCAAUAUGCUACAAGGUGAAAACAACAACAAUGCUAUGCAGAUUUAUUCUCCGGAGUUUGCCAAUGUUCAAAUGAACAACACCAUGAUGAACAACAAUGGAAUUCAAUCUGAUUACAACAACUACCAACCGCUGCAACAAGUUCAAACCUUGAGCAAGAAAUCAGACGACGGAUACAAUUGGAGAAAAUACGGACAGAAACAAGUGAAAGGAAGUGAGAAUCCAAGAAGCUAUUACAAAUGCACGUACCCGAAUUGUCCUACGAAGAAAAAAGUUGAGAGAUCGGUCGAGGGACAGAUUACCGAGAUUGUUUAUAAGGGUACUCAUAAUCAUCCUAAGCCUCAAUCUACUAGGAAGAACUCGUCGAAUGCUCUUGUGAUUGUUCCUGCUAAUCAAAAUGGAAAUGAAAUGCUUGAUCAACCGUAUGGUUCAUUUGGUAAUGGCCAAAUGGAUUCUGGUGCUACUCCUGAGAAUUCGUCGAUAUCAGUUGGCGGAGAUGAUGAUUUUGAGCAGAGUUCUCAUCAGAAGAGUAGAUCUGGAGAUGAUGAUGAUGAGCCUGAUACUAAAAGAUGGAAAACUGAUGGUGAAAAUGAGGGAAUUUCUGCACCUGGGAGCAGAACAGUGAGGGAACCUAGAGUUGUUGUUCAGACAACAAGUGACAUUGAUAUUCUGGAUGAUGGUUACAGAUGGAGGAAAUAUGGACAGAAAGUUGUCAAGGGAAAUCCAAAUCCAAGGAGCUACUACAAAUGUACACACCCAGGUUGUCCAGUGAGGAAACACGUUGAGCGCGCCUCCCAUGAUUUACGGGCCGUGAUCACAACAUAUGAAGGGAAGCACAACCAUGAUGUCCCUGCUGCUCGCGGAAGCGGAAACAAUUCCAUAAACCGCCCAACGCCAAACAACCCUUCAAAUCCAAACAAUGCAGCCACUUCCAUAAUGCCACUACAGAGUCUAAGGCCACAGCAACCAGCACAAUUGUCCCAAUCCCUUCCUUUAAGCUUAGACAUGCUGCAGCCUCAAGGAAACUACGGAUUUUCAAGGUUCUCGAAUCCAAUGGAGUCUUACAUGAAUCCACAACAACAACAACAGCAACAACAUCAACAACAGCAUCAGCAACAACAUCAGCAACAACAACAACAAAUGUCUGACAAUGGUUUUUCCUCUCGAGCCAAGGAGGAACCUAAAGAUGACAUGUUUUUCGAGUCAUUGCUAUGCUGAAUGGAUUCUUAUUCUUUCAUUUUUAGAAGGUAUAGCACCAAGAAAAGGGAUUUUAGAAUUUUAUUUAUUUUUACAAAUAAGAAAAAACUUCAUUCCAUUGAUUUGUUGGAUUUGUUUUCUUGGAAGUUUGGUUUUUUAGUUGUAAAUUUAUACAACCAUAGGUUUGGUAUAGUAUACAUUUCACAGCUUUUAUUUUCCUAUAGUCUUUUCAAUUGUUUCAUUACUUUUUGAUUCCCUUUGUUUCAUAUUCAUAUGUUACAAACAAAAUAAUACUAGAACAAUUUUCACAUAUGAAUUGAACUUGAUACCAUAUACUUGGUCAAAUAUGGUUGCUAGAUUAUUAUUAUUUUUUUAUUGGUAAACUGGUCAAGGUCAACUUUGGUAGUUUGCUACUUUUUUUUAGUGUCUCUAUACAUAUAUGGAUGUUUCCAGGUUACAACCAAGUGGGUCAGAUAGCCAUCAAUUUUGUCCUAUACAAAUGAAAAUACAAAACUACCCUUUUGCAGUAUCUUAGUAUAGAAUCUAAAUGGCAAAUGGAAAAGGACAAUUUUGAAAGAAAAAAGUUUUGGGACUUUUUGUUCAAUGAGAGUUGUGUAAUGUGUACUAUUUAUUGUAGGACAAGUGGAAGUGAAAGAGACGUUUACGUGAUGCACACGUUAAGUGUUAAAAUUAAUUUGUCCUUAGCUUAUUGUCAUCAUUCAUGUUGUAGAUACACAUGCCUUGCCAAGUUUCCCUCUACACCGACCUUAUGGCAUCUCUUUGUGCUCAUCCAGUUAUUUUUCUUUUGUCGUAGGUUGAACAUAUAAAAUUAAAAGAAAAAAUUGUAGAAUCGUUUUAUGUUUUUUGUGGUUCUUUUAGAGAAUUUUUAAGUAAACCACAAUUAAAUAGAGAUUAAUUGUAUAUCAGUUUUAUUUAGUUUCAGCUUUGGAGUGUAACAAUAUUAAAUUUACUUGAAAGUGAAGUUUGUUGUCUA